GGGAAAGAAGACCCUGUUGACAUGUUUGGGAACCCACCGCUAUUCACGAACGUAACCAACCAUUACAGCUCAUGGCAGCCUUUCAAACACAGGACGUCGACGGCCCCCUUCCUCGUUCUCCCCUUUUGUUUACGUAUGUAGGAGCGUGACCCUGUACAGGGAGGGCAACUGUCUUGGGCUUCCAGAACAAGGUUAAGGUUGACUGCCGAAGGGAAAGACAUGCCGGAGAUAAGACCUGCCCUUGCCCGCGCCCGCCCUUUUGGGAACUGCAUAUGCAUGUGCAGUCGACUUCACACCACGGGCGAGUACUGAGUUAUGAGGGAUUUACCAUUCCUCUCGACUAUCAUCCGAAAAACACACGAUGUGUUCGAUAGACAUCACAAGACGGGAGUUGUUCCGUCAAAAGCCAGCGCAACAGCGAGUUCUACGAACACCGCAGCCAAAUCGAACGGAAACGUCCUGACGAGUGCGCCGCUGGUCGACGAUGACGAUUCACUGCUGCUAUCGAGAUACAACCUAAGGCCGCCGGUCACACUUGCGCGUCAAGUUCGGCCAGAUGUUACCGCUCACGAGCUGACGCCAGACCGUAUACCCUCGGUCAUGAAGAUGCUGUACGACUCCCGUCAAUAUUCCACGACAUACCGCGAUAUCGACUUUGACAAAGAGGAGUUCUUCGAAAUCUUUGGUCGAAAGUUACUAGGAGCGAAAGGACAUCUUUCCGUGGUGCUAUGCACAAAAGACCCAGCGACUGGGCAAGAAACUCCCGCCUUCGUGACGACAGUAAGCGAUAUGCGAGAAGCAUUAGAUGGGUGGAAAGCAAACCGGGACGCCAUCGAAUCCAACUCAUCACCAUUAUCGCCAAGCGCGCAAUGCGUGGCCGUGCAAACAUUUUUGGAGAUUGGCAGCCGUGUGAUGGAGCAGCUAUACGCGAAGUUCCACGACGUGCCCAUAGGGAAAAUGAUGCUUGUUGGGGGAACCGCCGCAAGCCCUGCCGUGAAGGGAACAAACAUAUCUGCAUACGGGAUGCAGAUAAUAUUGGAGAAAGCGCGGCGGGCGGGCUAUGUGAUAACUGCUGGAUGGUCGUCUCAUCCAGCGAUGAUCAAAUUAGCGACUGCUUUCGGAGGGGUGGUCAUGGCCACAAUUGAUGCGAGGGAGGUGCAAGUGCGCGACCGGAAGAUUUAUGCAGAAAGGGGACACGAGGAAAUAGGGCAGGUGUUCGCCGGAGGUAUACCGCACUUCGAGUAGAACAGACAUUAGUUUCUAGUACGGAAAAUCGGUGAUAGAACCACAAUGGACUGGAAGUAUCGCUGGUCAGGUCUUCAGUCUCAAACAUAUGUACAAUACCUACGUAAUAGUCAUCAUGAAGUGGGCAAGAGUAGAAGGAUCGGAACGUGUUC